AUGCUGCGUGCCUCACAGCUCAGCAAGUUUGUGCUGGCUCUGGGCAUGCUCUACAUCUCGGGUGAAUUGCCCAAGGCGCUCAAGGGUUGGACCUUGGCAGAUAGCAUUCGUGCUGCCGGCGUGCCGGCGAUCAUCUACUCAUGUCAAAACUUGCUAAUGUUGGCGGGCUAUGCCUACUUGGAUGGGCUCACGGUCAAUCUGAUCAACCAGACCAAAACGAUUUUCGCGGCGAUCUGUGUUUAUCUGAUUUUGGGCAAGGCACAGUCGCUGAUUCAGUGCAUCGCCCUGGGUGGCAUGUUUGGGGCCUCUGUAUUGCUGACCCAACAGGGACAGGCCACGUCAUCAGGCAAGCCCGAGGUGGACUACGCGCAUUGGCUCCUGGGUGGUGUGGGACCCGUCUUCUUGGCCUCUAUGCUCUCAGGCUUGGCUAGCGCCAUCACACAGAUGAAUCUGCAGAAGAGGCAGCGCAACAGCCUCUUGUUUACCAUGGAGCUGGGCGUGUAUAGUUCCAUAGCGCUGCUGGUCAAGCUGCUCCUGUCCAACGACCUGCAGGCGGCUGCCGGUGGCAUUGUGGUUGGCCUUGUGGUCAAGUAUGCCGGCAGCGUGCGCAAGGGGUUUGCCAUUUUGGCCGGCAUCGUCAUCACGGGUUUGGCCGACUUUCUGGUGGCUGGUAAUCCCCUAAGCACGGCCAAGCUGGUGGCCCUGCCCCUCGUGGUGGUGUGUACCUACCUCCACAUGGCAUUUCCAGCCAAAGCACCUACCCCAAGUGCCAAAACCAAAAAGGCCGACUAGAUCAAGAGUAAACUUGCUUGUCACAAGACGCGUUGCCGGAGAAGUUAAAAACACAACAAUUGAAGGCGUCUUGCUUGA